AUGCAGCUCCCGAAGCUCACGCCUCUGCAAUCGAGGCUUCUGGCCUCUGUAAUUGCAACCUGUUUCCUCGUGUUGAUAUGGAUCUCGUUCCAGCCACACCACUUCGUCUACGCUGCCGAACUCAAUCCGCUACCCCUCACCCCGGAAGUUCAGACACAUGUCGAGCAGUCAAUAUCUCCUUUUAUACCAAAUGGGCAGAUAGUAGAAUUGGAAGAGGAAGGGGGUGGAUAUGAACCAGACUUUGCAUACUUUGACCGGAAUCUGAUAGGCAGGGCAGCGGAUGGGGUCGAUGCGCUCACGAACAAUGUGAAGAAAGGCAUGGAUGCGAAUCCAGGAACGACGCAUAAUUUCGUGCUGGAGAAGAGUCAGGUUCAGGCUAAGAAGUCGGCCCCUGGAUCGGGCUUCCCUUCGCCGCUGGAUGGGCGGGGUGUGGAGAAUGCAUCGAAGAGGGGUAUUUCGGGGGAUUUCGAUAGCCCCGAGGGUGAAGAGGAGGCAGAACUGAUAGAGAUGGAGAAGAGGCAGAGCGGGAACAAGCCCUCGACCAACAUUAGUAUUGUCACCAACGAACCGCCGCAACUCAUCCUCUAUGUUUCGACGUCGACGAAUAAUCAGAAACCAGGUCCGAAGGCGGAGAAUGACCUGGCUACUCCACCUAUCCCCUUCGUGGGCGGACAUGUCAAUUUCAGUAUCCAGGCAGAUUCGGACGUCUAUAUUGGUGUGAGUGCGCCCUCAUUGACCACAGGCUGGACCGGAAACUGGCACUACGAAGUCGCCGCUAGCAUUGACGGAUACUACCACAGCUACAACGACACCUCCCCUUUUCUAUGGUUGAUCGACACAGAUGCUAACUCGGCUCUUUUCAUCACCUACAAUCUUACCAAGGAGAACUCUUCGGAGGAAGUCAACAAGCAAUGGAUGGAUAUGAAAACACCGUUCACCAUGUACGCCUUUGCUAAAAACGACUGGGGCAAGACGGGCGCUGGGCUAGAGAGGUCGUUCUGUGGGCUGCAAGAGCAGUUUAACAAGGCGGCAAAUAUAACCGUCUCAAGCGACAUGACAAAAAGAUAUGGUGGAGGUGGUCGACCGAAAGCCCAGCUCCAUGUUCAGGGACUCACUAGUGGCGCGACGUAUGUGGGUUUCUUGGCCAUGGAUGGAAAUGGAACGACGGAAGCGCUUAAUGUGCCUGGAAACGCUGUCCCACAAGCGGGAGGUCGAGUUUGGAAACAGUUCGAGUGGACCACUAAAGCGCGUACAUCUUGCCAAGUAAUCUUCAACCUAAAAUUCUGCACCGAUGUCGCCUAUGCCGUCCCCUCAAAUCCUAAAUUCACCAACAACAUGACAGGCCUCGCCUCGCUCUACGACAGCCAAGCCUCAGCCUACUUCCAGAACUUCACAAACUCGCUCCAGCAGGUCGCCUGCGACACCACGGGCACCGCACAAUAUUCCCUCGCACGCACCUGCCAAGACUGCUCCGACGACUACAAACAAUGGCUCUGCUCAGUCCUCAUGCCCCGCUGCGAAGACUGGAACGCCACAAACCCCUGGCUCAUAGACCGCAACAUCGGCAAUCCCUUUCCCCAGGACGGAUCGUUACAAGCAGGCACGUUGGCGUACGCGAAUAACAUGACGAAAAACUUCAACGACACAUUCCGCCAGCGUCUCGCAUUCAACACGAGUCGAAACCCCAUGAUCGACGAGGUAAUUCAGCCGGGGCCGUACAAGGAGUUGCUGCCCUGUGAGGAUCUGUGCUUUGAUAUUGUCAGGAGUUGUCCCGCGCAGCUGGGGUUUGCAUGUCCGGAUGGUGCGAAUCGGUAUUCGACGUAUGGGCGGCGGAGGAGCGGGAGUCUGAAUUUGACCUGUAACUUCCCGGGCGCGGUGGUGAAUUUGAACGUGUUUAGGGGCGCGGCGGGGGUAGGGAUGGGGGGUAGCAGCAACAGGUCGCUGGGGCAUGUUUGGAAAUUGCUUCUUUGGCGUUGA